AUGGAGGAGGUGGAGCCACAGAGGAGGCGGAGACAUGGGGGGGGAGAGUUGCAUGGAGUGGGGGUAUGGAGGGCUUGGAGGAGGCGGAGCCCUGGAGGAGAUAAAGGAGCCCUGGAGCAGGAGGAGGAGGAGGAGGAGGAGGAGGAGGAGGAGGAGGAGGUGCUGCACCUCGAGAAGCGCCGGAGGCUGCUGUGCUCCGAGUUCGCCUCCAUCACCCGCAGCGCCGAGGCGGCGGCGCGCCCCUUCCUGGCCGGGAGCGGCUGGAGCCUGCAGGCCGCGCUCAACGCCUACUUCGAGGCGCCGCUGCAGGAGAGGGAGGAGGAGAAGGAGGAGAAGAAGGAAGAUGCGGCGGGCGGGGUGUCGCCGUCCUGCGCGGAGCCUGGGAACUGUAUUGACCUCACAGCGGAUGCAACUACUAGUAAUGCCGGUGUCAGCAGUGCAGACUCGAGGCAACAAGAAGAUGAGAGCACGUUCUCACUCAUAACGUGGAACAUUGAUGGGCUGGACCUAGGAAACCUAAAAGAACGAGCUAGAGGAGUCUGUUCUUACCUGGCAUUAUACAGUCCAGAUGUCGUGUUUUUACAAGAGGUCAUCCCACCAUAUCUCUGUCUUCUACAGAUGAGAGCAAGCAAUUACAGUAUUAUUACAGGUAACAUAGAUGGCUAUUUCACUGCGAUAAUGUUGAAGAAAUCAAGAGUAAAGUUACUGAAACACGAAAUAAUACCUUUUCCAACAACUGCCAUGAUGAGGAACCUUUUAGUUGCACAUGUGAGCAUAUCUGGCAACGAACUUUGCUUAAUGACCUCUCAUCUGGAAAGCACUAAGAGUAGCUCUAAAGAGCGUAUGAAGCAACUGCAAAUAGUGUUAAACAAAAUGCAAAAGGAGUCCGAGUCCACCACUGUUAUAUUUGGAGGGGACACAAACCUCAGAGACAGUGAGGUUAAAAAAUUACGUGACUUACCUAAGAACAUUUCAGAUAUCUGGGAAUUUCUGGGCAAACCUCAACACUGCUGCUAUACUUGGGACACCCACUCGAAUACCAACCUGAAUGCAGAGUACAAGUGCAAGAUGAGGUUCGACCGCAUUUAUUUUCGGCCUGCAGCGCAUGAGGGACAUAUUAUUCCACGAAGUAUGGACUUAAUCGGUUUGGAAAAACUAGACUGUGGCAGAUUUCCUAGUGAUCACUGGGGUCUUCUGUGUAAUUUUGAUGUGGUAUUAUAAAAAAAAAGAGUUUGCUUUGUUAGUUUUUACGUCUUUUGCUUUUGUUUUUAUAAGAUUUUACUCUCUCAGUUUAAGUAAAGUGUAUUUAAAUUUUCAACCCUAAUACAUUCUCUGCUCUUGACUUCUACUGGAAUGGCUUCAUUUCAAGCCAAGGUUCCUUUUCCUCAUUGUAUGCAGCUGUUCUUGAAUCACAUUUUAAAAUGUUUAUUUUUAACAAUGUAUGCAAAUGCAAAACCAAAUUCUAGUUUUAAAAUGGGAGGAAAAUCCUGUAAAUAAAAUUUGUAAACAUAUUUGUUGGUUUAAAAGACACUUUUGGUUUUGCAUGUAUUAUAAUCUCAUAAUAAAUACUGCUUUUUUAUUUUAAGAAUACAUCUAUUGUGCCUAUUUUGUUUCUUUUGUAACCAUUUCCACCAUCCUUUAAAACCCUGUGUUUUGUGAGAUGUUUUGUAUUAGAUUCUGUGGUUUGUGUUGUAUGUACACACCCCUUGAGGCAAGA